ACAGGAUCGCUUCAAUCUGUGAGCACAUUAUCUAAUAAAUCCAUACUACGUAUCUAAUAAAUCCAAAUUUACCUAUACAAACACCAAUACCAACACCAACACCAGCCAUAGAAAUUAACAAGCUUUCCGAAUAUUGAAAAUUCUUAUAGUAUGCAGUUCUUUGUUAGAUCUUGUGUCGCAUUGUUGAUCGUUUUCGCAUUUUGCGUUGAAUAUAGUUUUUUACAAUAUUCCAAGUUUUGGCUUUUUUGACUUCCCGUUAGUAUAUUAUUAGACUAAACAUCAUAAAAAUUGUCAAUUAUUGUGCACUUAAGGAUUCAUUUCGAUCAAUUAAAAAAAAAUUGUUAACAAUUCUACGGAAAUUAUCUCUUCAUUAAAUCUAUCUACAAAAACGAACAAUAUCUUAUCUAUCAAUUGGAGCUGCAAUGACGGACCAACAUUAUCAAGAGUAUCCAUCUACUUCUUCUCAUGAUCGAUAUUCACCAUUUAUCGAAAAUCCAAUGAAUAUAACUCCAAACUAUGAAUCAUCAUCGACUUCAUGGUCCGAUCCUCGAUUAUCACCAUCAUAUCAUAUGUUUGAUUCUUCUUCCGAUUCUUUCUUUAAUUCAUUAAACUCAAAUACAAACCGUAAUGCAGCACCUGUAAUGUCUGUUCCAAUGUGGUGGUGGAGAGAUGGUGAGCCUUAUAGCGGAGCAGAAAACAUAACACUACAGACUGAAAUCCAUCAAGGACCAAUCUAUCGCUUUCCAAUCAAAGACGGUGGUCCAAUUUUCAUUUCAACAGGUGACAUUCCCAUUGCAAAAUUUCCUCAUCCAAAGACACAUAAAAUUGACACUUCAAAUACUAUUCACUAUAUGCAAGAAUUGCCUUUUGAUAAAUUCAAAGAAUUGGAAAAAGUUGAAAAACUAAUGGAUCCCAAUACGGAAAUUGAAAAAAGAGCAUUCAGUAAAGUUAUGGAUUUUAGUAUCUAUCCAAGUGAAUUUCAACCAAUGACAAAUUACGAUCAAAUAAAUUUUAAAAAUGAUAUUGAAGUAUUUGGUAGAUUUUCGCAUACAUCAAUUGUUAGCCAUCGACCAGAUCCAGUGAAUUAUCCAGAUAAUGUUGUUUCGUAUAUGCGUGAAGUUUAUAUUCAAAAAAACUAUUGCAUCAUUGAAAAACAUUCUCAAUUUUAUCAUAAAAAAUCGAAAUUGGCGUGUGUAAAUUAUUACAUUACAGUAAGAGCAUCGAAUGCAUUAUUGGAAGCUAAAGAACGGUGCCAACGAGAUAGUGAGGCAGCAGCUGGUAAUCCAAAUUUAGGUUCCAAAAGGGCGCAACCGAACACAAUGAAUGAUAACAGCUCAAAUCAAAAUUAAAUCGAAAGAUUCACUAACAGAAUAUUCGUAUCAAAAAAUAUCUUGUAGGUAGUUGAUAUGACAGCAAUUAUUAUGUAUGCUCUUUCUUUUAUAAAUUUCAAUAAAUAUCAAUAUAUUA